GCGGAUUGCGCACGGCGCUGCUUGGACGCGUUCAGAGCGCAGCACCGCCACCGAGACUCUACACUCAGCCCGGAAAAGAUCUUUUUAUUAUAUACAUAGAGAAAUAUUAAUAUUUUUCCCUCUUUAAAUAAUACUUGGUUUAAAAUCGAGUUGUAAGUGUUUGGUUCUCUGUGCGCGGUGAUGAAGCGGUUGGUGCGUUUGGCGCUGUUGGCGCUGUGCGCGUCGAGCGCGGUGAUGUGUCUGCCGAAGACAGGCAGGAAUAAGCGGCAGGGACAACAGCAACACGCUCUGGAGUUUCCGCUGGACGAGGUGACACACACACGCCAAGUGGGCUGCACGGAGAAUGGGCGUAUUUACCGAGUCAAUGACCAAUGGGAGCGACCCUACAUGGGCAGCACGUUACUGUGCACAUGCAAGGGACCUUCUGGGGGCAUCCAAUGUGAAUCCAAACAAACAGCUGAAGAGACGUGCUUCGAUAAAAUCAACACCAGGUCAUACCGCGUGGGCGAGACGUACGAGCGGCCGAAGGACGGGAUGAUCUGGGACUGCACCUGCAUCGGCUCGGGCCGAGGCAAAAUCAGCUGCACCAUCGCAAAUCGCUGCCACGAAGGAGGUCGCUCGUACCGAAUCGGCGAGACCUGGACUCGACCCCAUGACAGCGGCGACUACAUGCUUGAGUGUGUGUGUCUUGGGAACGGAAAAGGCGAAUGGACCUGCAAACCUAUCGCCGAGCGCUGCUACGACACGUCACUGGGCACGUCGUACGUGGUGGGGCAGACGUGGGAGAAACAGUAUCAAGGCUGGAUGGUCGUUGACUGCACAUGUGUGGGUGAAGGAAACGGACGCAUCACCUGCACCUCCAGGAACCGCUGUAAUGACCAGGACAUGAGGAAAUCGUACCGUAUCGGCGAGACCUGGACCAAAGCGGACUCGAAAGGCCGAACACAGCAGUGUGUGUGCGCGGGGAACGGGCGCGGCGAGUGGAAGUGCGAGAGUCAUUCAUCGGCGCAAGCGACCCUCGGUGAGUGCGACACAGGUUCUGGCUCAGGCUUGUCUACUCCAGUCACUCAUCAGGUGAACUUUCUGCCCGAGCUGCUGGAGAGCGGCUUGUGUCAAACUGGAUCCGGCACCACCUACUACAGCGGCAUGCGCUGGAUCCAGACUCAGGGCAGCCAGCAAAUGAUCUGCACAUGUGUCAACGGGGGCAUCGGCUGCAAACAAUGGGAGGGGCAGUCUCAGGUGUACGGUGGCAACUCGAACGGCCAGCCGUGUGCGUUCCCCUUCGUGUUCGGAGGAAAAACACACCACUCGUGCAUUUCGGAAGGCCGAAACGAUGGCCAGCUGUGGUGUAGCACCACCUCCAACUAUGACGAUGAUCACCAAUACUCCUUCUGUACUCAGAGGAACCUGAUGGUUACAACGCGCGGGGGAAACUCCAACGGUGCCCUGUGCCAGUUUCCCUUCCUGUACAACGGCCGCAAUUACACCGACUGCACAGCCGACGGCCGGCGUGACGGCAUGAAGUGGUGCGGGACUACAACCAACUACGACGACGAGCGACGCUACGGAUUCUGUCCCAUGGCAGCUCAUGAGGAAGUCUGCACAGUGAACGACGUCAUGUAUCGCCUGGGGGACGAGUGGGACAAGCGCCAUGACACCCUGGGUCACAUGAUGCGCUGCACAUGUCAGGGUAACGGCCGGGGCGAGUGGAGUUGCAUCGCUCACUCGCAGCUCCGAGAUCAGUGUAUCGUAGACGGACUCACUUACGAAGUAGGCCAGAAGUUCGACAAGCGCCACAAGGAGGGCUACAUGAUGAACUGCACAUGCUUCGGCCAGGGCCGCGGCCGCUGGAAAUGUGACGCCAUUGAUCAGUGCCAAGAAGCCGAGAACAAAGUGUUCUAUCAAAUCGGCGAGUCCUGGGAUAAAGUGAGCCACGGCGUCCAGUAUCGGUGUACCUGCUAUGGAAACGGGAUCGGAGAACAUGCCUGCGAGCCUCUCCAGUCCAGGGUGCCAGUACGCGUGACCAUCACAGAGACAGGAACCCAGCCCAACUCGCACCCCAUCCAGUGGAACCCCCCGGCAUCAGCCCACAUCACCCAGUACAUCCUCAAGUGGAGAGUGAAGAACACGCGCACUCCGUGGAAGGAGAUCAUUAUUCCGGGUCACAUCAACUCCUACACCAUCUCAGGCCUUAAACCCGGCCUGACCUAUGAGGGCCAACUCAUCAGCAUCCUGAGCUACGGUCACAGAGAGGUGACCAGAUUCGACUUCACCACGUCGUACGGCUCACUGAUUCCAACAGAAGGCGAGACCACUCAGCCCACUCGAGUAUUGGACACGUCCGAGUCCACCACCGAUAUCACAUCCAGCAGUUUUGUUGUUUCCUGGACGUCAGCAUCUGAAACCAUCUCCGGGUUCAAGGUGCAGUACGAACUGUACGAGGAGGGAUCCAAGCCCACUGUGAUCGAGCUGCCUCGCACAACUACGUCGUUGAACCUCGACAAUCUCCUGCCGGGCCGAACAUACCAAGUUCAGGUUUUCGAAGUCGAGCCAGAAGGAGACACUAAACUUAUCCUGACCACCACUCAGACCACUGCUCCUGAUUCUCCAACCAAUCACCAAGUUACAGACGUCAGAGAAACAUCCAUCGAGAUCUCUUGGACCAGACCUCAAGCACCCAUCACAAGUUACCGUGUGGUGUACACCCCAUCUGUUGAAGGCAGCAGCACCGAGCUCAUCCUGCCCCACACUGUGAACUCCGUGACCUUGGGUGACCUCCAGCCGGGUCAGUCAUAUAACGUCAGUAUCUAUGCUGUGGAGGGAAACCUAGAGAGCGAAGCAGUGGUGCUGCAGGUCCAAACGACUGGAGAGCCUCAACCUGAGGAAGUCCAGGCUCCAAGCGAUUUGCAGUUCUACGAGGUCACUGAUGUGAAGAUCACGAUCACCUGGACUGGGCCGCCCAGCGAGGUGUCAGGCUACCGUGUAAGCUACGAACCUGUGGGUUCCGACGGCCGUGCGACGCAGAGGCCACUAUUGCUUCCCACCACGCCCAACGCCUACGAGGAGAUCACACACCUGCAGCCCGGGACCUUGUACCGCUUCUACGUCUACACCAUCUACGGUGGAGCCGAGAGCCAGCCGCUGGUGGGAGAGAAGUCUACCCGCCCUGAUGCUCCUACAGAUUUGCACUUCCCCGAUGUGACAGAAGACACUGUAUUGGUGGUAUGGUCCGCCCCACAGGCCCAAGUCACCGGGUAUCGCCUCUAUGUAACAUCGGAGGACUCCAUCUCUCCGAAACAACUGAGGGUCCGCCCUGAGCAGACCCAGCACACCAUCAAAAACCUGCAACCAGACACCACCUACACAAUCACCGUGCACUCUGAGCAGGGCAACACGCUGAGCGAGGGCAUCUCCGGAACCGUCACCACCACUGUGCCAAUAGGUAAUGCUCCCCGUUUCUCCACGGACAUCACAGACACCUCCAUCAUCAUCUCCUGGACUCCAGUUCCUCGCUUCAGCUACAGGAUGUCGGUGAAGCCCAGUCAGGGUGGUGAGGCUCCCAGGGUCGUGAACUCGGACUCAGGAAGCAUCUAUAUCUCAGGCCUGACCCCUGGAGUGGAGUACACCUACAGCCUGCAGCCCCUCUUUAAUGGCCGCAAACAGGGCACCCCCAUUACUCGCAACGUCGUUACACCGCUGUCUCCACCGACCAACCUGAACCUGUUGUCCAACCCCGACACGGGAGACCUCACCGUACAGUGGCAUGAGACCACCACCCCUGACAUCACAGGUUACCGUGUGACGUGCACGCCCACCUCGGGUCAACGUGGGAAUUCUCUGGAGGAGGUUGUCCUAGGCAGGCAGACCUCACGCACGCUGGAGAACCUGAGCCCCGGGGUUGAGUACAACGUCAGCGUCUACACUGUUAAAGACGACAGGGAGAGCGAACCUGUCUCCUCCGUGAUCAGACAAGACGUGCCGCAGGUGAAAGACCUCGGCUACGUCAAUGUCACUGACACCACCAUCGGAAUCCGCUGGACUCUUGUACAGCACCCUGCCGUCACGGGGUACCGCAUCACGGUACUGGCCGCCGGGGAGAGUUUGCCCAUCCUGGAGGAUUCACUCGAUUCGUCCACCAAUUAUUAUACGGUCCGGGGGCUGGAGCCCGGUGUCGACUACCACAUCAACGUCAUUGUGCUAAUGGAGGAGAUCGAGAGCGAGCCAGCAACCAUCACGCAACAGACACAUGCUGGCAUUCCCGCUCCCACCAACCUGAAUUUCGGAGAGGUCGGUCCGGACUCCAUGCGCCUCUCCUGGACCCGCCCAUCGGUCCGCCAAGCAGAGAUCAGCCGCUUUGUGAUCCGCUAUCACCCAAGCAACGAUGACGACAGAAUACAAGAAGUCAACGUGGGCGGAGCCACCAGCACCUAUCUCCUCCAAAACCUGCUUCCUGUCACCGAGUACACUGUGAGUGUGUAUUGUGUGUAUGGCGAGCGAGAGAGCACCCCGGUCUCGGGCAGGCAGACCACCACCCUCGACUCUCCCACUGGCCUAGUCUUCUCUGACGUGUUCACCCACUCCUUCACGGCACACUGGCAGGCCCCACGUGCCCAAAUCACAGGCUACCGGCUGGUGUACGAGGAGACCAGUGGAGGGCACCGUCAAGAGGAGAAUCUGCCCCCGAACCGCAGGCGUUACUCCCUGAAUAACCUGCAGCCCAACACAUUGUACACAGUGCGUGUCUACGCUGUCAGCGGCCGACAGGAGAGUAAACCACUCACCGGCACACAGUCCACCAUCUCAGAUGCUCCCACUGACCUGGAGGUGACCUCAUCCAACGAGAACAGCAUCACCCUCUCCUGGGAUGCUCCUGCAAUUCCAGUGCGCUACUACCGGAUUAACCACAAACAGACCGGAGAGCGCGGCUCUGGCCAGGAGUUCACUGUGCCAGGCACCGAGUCGACAGCCGUCGUGAGUGGCCUGCAGCCGGGCACCGAUUACACCAUCACCAUCUACGCAGUGACUGGCAGAGGAGACAGUCCAGCGUCCAGCACGCCAACCAUCAUCACACACCGCACUGGCAGCCAUGGCAUCCCAUCUCCCUCAGAAAUAGACGUGACUGAUAUCCAGGACCAGGCCAUCUUCGUGCGCUGGACACCUGCCAGAGGCCCAAUCACCGGAUACAGGGUCACAGGGAAACCCAAAAACGGAGUGGGACCCACUUUCUCGAAGGAGGUGGGACCUGAUCAGACCGAGUUGAGAAUACCGGGAUUGGUGCCGACAAUAGAGUACGUCAUCAGCGUCUACGCCAUCGGCCAUGAUGGAGAGAGCUCACCAGUGGUGGAGAGAGCAACCACAAUCAAGAGUCCCCCAACCAGUACAAAUAUCCCCGCCCCUACCAACAUUCAGUUCGGAGACGUGGGCCCCUCAUCAUUCGUGGUGCUCUGGAGGCCACCAAGCGCCAGUCUGAACGGAUACCGCAUCCUCGUGAGGCCCAAAAACAACAUUGAGGAAACAAAAGAGAUGAACGUAGCUCCUGAUGCCAUGCAAGUGACCGUCUCUGGACUUCUGGUGUCUACAGCGUACGAGGUGCAUGUGUAUGCGCUGAAGGGUUUGGAGAGCAGCCCACCGCUCAUUGGAGAGAUCUCUACAAUUGAAGACAUCAGCCCUCCCCGGCGCCCUCGCAUCACCGAUGUGAAGGACAGGAGCAUUUCACUCACCUGGCGCGCCAAGAUCGAGCCAAUCACGGGCUUCCUGAUUGAGGCCCAGCCCACCACAGGAAUCUAUCCAGUCAUCAGGAAGGAGGUUACAGGUGAACAACGGCAAGCCGAAAUUACAGGUCUUCAGCCUGGCACCGCUUACGUCAUAAACAUCUACACACUGAACGGAAACAGACGCAGUGAACCAUUUGUCCUCACAACCAACACAAUUGGUUCAUCCCUUCAGCCCCCUACUGACCUCCGCUUCCUGGCUCUUACCCCAAACACCAUCACGUUCAACUGGCUGCCGCCCACCAGCCGCAUCACAGGAUAUUACAUCACCUACGAGGAAGAAGGAAGCAGCCCACGUGAGCUCACGCCCCGCCCACACGCCGGCAGCAACUACGCCACCAUUACAGAUCUAAAACCAGACACCAUAUACAUCAUUAAGAUUGUCGCUCUGCAUAACUCACUGAGGAGUCCAGCACUGGUGGGCAAGGCCAGAACACAGGAAACACAGACGUUUCCGCUGCCUAUACCCCCGCGCAACAACAACCUUGGUCCCCUUGACGUGCCCGAGACAGAGGUGAACGUGUUGGGUCCAACGGUGCAGCCGAGACCAGGCUCGGGCGGCCAGGGCAUGGAGUACACAGAAUUCAACAACCAGCCCACUCUGCCACACAGCGGGCACCGACCAAACCCCAACACCCCUGGGACGGGCCAAACUCUAAUCUACGUGUCCGCCCCAGGGCCGGACGGCUCACGGAGGCCCAAAGUGGUGCCUCUGAGUGACAGAAACACACUCAGUUUCCUUUUUCCAGAAAAUAAAACAGGGACGCCGCAGGAGGCUCAGACUCAGACCACGGUCAGCUGGCAACCCUUCAAGCAGAGCAAGUCCUACCUCGUGACCUGCCAUCCAGUCACUCAGCACAAUGAAAAGAUGUUCCAGGUGCAACUUCCUGCCACCACCACCAGUGCCACACUGAUCGGCCUCACGGCCGGGGCCUCGUACCGUGUCCUCGUCGAGGCUCUCAAGGAUGCGCUCAAGUACAAAAUUCUUGACGAGGUCAUCACCCUGGGUAACACAGAAUCAUCCGGAGUUUCAAGCAGUGACGAUUCCUGCUACGAUACUUUAACGGGUACUCAUCACCAAAUCGGGGAUGAGUGGGAGCGCAUGUCCGAGACCGGCUUCAAGCUGUGGUGCAGGUGCAUGGGCCUGGGCAGUGGUCACUUCCGAUGCGACUCCUCCAAGUGGUGCCACGACAACGGCCAUAACUACCUCAUCGGCGAGCGCUGGGAGAGACGGGCGGAAAACGGCCACAUGUUGAGCUGCACCUGCCUCGGCAACGGCAAAGGAGAGUUCAAGUGCGAGCCACACGAGUCGACGUGUUACGACGACGGAAAGACUUACCAGGUGGGAAACCAGUGGCAGAAGGAGUAUCUCGGGACGAUUUGUACCUGCACCUGCUAUGGAGGACAGCAGGGUUGGCGUUGUGACAACUGUAAAAAGCCCGGAAGCGAGAUCAACACUCACCUCCUAAAGCCGGUCCGCUAUGGAGAUGGAACCGCCAGAGUGAAUAUCCACUGCCCAAUCGAGUGUCUCCGGCCGGAUAUCCUCGCUGACGCCGUGGCCAAUCACAACCCGAGAGAGUAAAUCGAUUCCUGACUUCCAACUCGACCUUCAGCUCCACCUCCACCCCCCAAACUCGCUAUCCCACCCCCUCCUUCCGUUACCCCGGCUCUGAUCUGAGACGUCAUGUCUGUGAGACAGUUCUAACCUCCUCAACCUUGUGCCUUAAAUCCUUCCUACUGGUUACUGCAAUCACCGCUGCUGCUUUCCAACCAAUCAGCAAAAGGCAAUGUGGCGCCAUAGCGAUUGCCAUAGCGAUUUUCACUGCUUCUAAUUGGCUCGGCUGUCGUUCAGGUGUUUGAUUGGCUUUCAUCUUGUUUUUUUUUAUAUAUAAUAUAUAAAGAGGAUUAAACAUUUAACUUUUAAGAGACACCCAAGAAGAAUGUUACCAAGUACAAUUUUUUUUUUUAAGAAAUUAACUUUAAUCAACGAAUUAAAACAAUCGAGCACUGAUUUAUUGGAAUGUUACAGGAUAUUUUAGAACAAUGUUUUUUUGUUUUUUCCCCAAUGGCGCGAGUUCUCUCCGAGCCAGCACUGUUGUUUUUUUUGUUUUUUUUUAGAUGGACACAUGAUUUUUCUGAUCGCGUCUGAUUGUUGAACGCUCUGUGAUUUAUUUAUCCAUUUGGCCCCAAAAGUGUUUUCGUUAAAUGCCGUUAGGAAGGUAAUUCUACUGUCGGUGCCAAAAGUCACUACUGUCACUACUGUCCAAUUCCCGUUUGUAAUAAAGUUUUACAAAGAA